AUGGCAUCCAAAAUCAACCUCGCCAUCCAGCGACUCGCUAUGCCCACAUUCAAGGCCGCGAUCACCCCAGCUACCAGACUCGGUAAUCAGCAGUCAUGUCUCCUCUCAACCACCGCAACCCUGAACAAGAGACUUAGCCCCUCCGAGUACCGCUGCUCCAUAAGGAGAGCCUUCGAGGAACGCAAGACGCUCACCAUACCAAAGCUAAGCGCCUUCACCUGGCCUCGUCAGCCGAGCGGAAAAGAAAUCGUCAGAUCUGGGCUCCUCAACAGAACCAUUCCCACGAGAAGAGUCAAGGCUCCCAAUCCGAGCGCCAACAAAGUCAACAAGACGGAUCCGAUGCAGAGCGCAAUCAUCCCCGCCUCUCCUAUAAAGAUAUCCGCCCUCAAGAACAAGAUUUCCAGCGGCUAUAACGGAACUCUCGAGAUGGCAGAGAAAUUAAACGCCAUCCCCGUCAUAUGGAAAGUCGCCGGCCUGACGACCCUCGCCUCCCUCGGCACCUACGGCGCCAUCGGGCAAUACCAGGCCAUGUUGGAGGCAGAGGCCAAAAAGAAGAGAAUCGCGGAGGAAGACGAGGCUUGGAGGAGAUAUAAACAGGAAUUGUGGGAGCAAGAGCAUUCCAUAUCGCCUGCCUCGGGCGUGCUCAACGAUGGAUCGUAUCCCUUUGCUUUGUUCUACCACUAG